AUGGCCGCCCACACUGGCAGUAGCCAGGUGGCCGGGCCAUCAAAUCGGGCCGAUCCGGAGCCGUCACCAGACCGUGACGAGUCGGAUAGCGACUCGGUGUCCGACGGUGGUAGCUCUGGGGUAAGCGACGCACCCGUGCCCCGUAGGCAACCCACGCUCGUCGUCCGCAACCUUACGGUAUGGUACCCACUACCCUCGACUGUUGAAUGCCCGCACGACGGCUGCCCGGCAAGAUUCCGGGUAAAACUGUGGACUAGCGCCAAACAGUCCGUCACCCGGCACUUGCGUGACUUGCACGAGGAGGCCGAUUCCACCGUGGUGCGCUGCGUCGGGUGUCGCACGGUACUCGGAGUGCGGCCCGGAGCCCAUAAGUGCCGGCGUGCUAUCGAGGACGACGCGGGUGCUAUCGAAAGGUUCCCGUGCACGGUAGACGGCUGUACUGACUCUUUCCCCAGCAAGCAAGGCUUAACGAACCACCUCCGCAACCAUCAGAGACUUGACGCCCUCGAAACCGCAGCGGUCCCUCUGCCGACGCCGGCAACUCGUCAUGGGUUACGCGGCAACCCGUCUGCGCGUCCAGUGCGCGGGGGUGAUGCCCGCGUUCCAACGGGUGUGACGGCAGACGUGCCAAGGAUACCGGCUGGUACCAGACCGCCGGACACAGGCGGCACGUCGCCUCCACCCACCACAUCGGAUGCUGAGCCAAGGACACUGGCUGGUCACAUACCGCCAGACACAGGCGGCUCAGCCCGACACACGCGAGCUGAACCAAGGAUACCGGUCGGUAAAAGACCGCCGGACACAGGCGGUUCAGCUUCGCCCAUAGCAGGAGGUGCGCCAAGGAUACCGGCUGGUAACAGACCGCCGGACACAGGCGGCGCGCCCCUGUCCCCAGCAAGAAUACUGAUACCCGCCACCACGAGACGGGCGACUCCCAAGGUGAUCCAGUCCUUGUACAGGCGGAACAGGCGGCGGGCAGUUAGGCUUAUAGUGUCGGGUGAGGGCCAGACCUGCGACGUUGCGGUCGAGAAUGUUGAGGGGCACUUCCGCGACGUCUGGGCGCCAUCGGUUUGCGAUGCGUCGAUUUUCCAGCGGGUGGAAGGCCGCGACCCGGUACCGAUGGGCCCGUUCCUGUGUGCCGAUGUGGCGAAACGCCUCAGUAAAUUCGAAAACACGGCACCAGGGAGUGACGGGCUCACGUACCGGCACUGGAAGCGGCUCGAUCCGGAGUGCACGGUCCUGACGGAAGUCGUCAACAUGUGCCUCCGGUUCAAGAUGAUACCCCCCGCGUGGAAGAAAGCGGUGACGGUCCUCAUCUUUAAAAAGGGUGCAAGGGAGGAUCUCGGCAACUGGCGGCCCAUCUCCCUCAGCCGCACCCUAUACAAACUGUACGUGGGUUGCAUCGCCGGCCGGCUGACCGAGUGGCUGGUGGCCAAUCAAGUAUUGAGUCCGUGCCAGAAGGGCUUCCUGCCCGCGGACGGCGCGUUCGAACACGUCCACACUCUCAACCGAUUGCUUGAGAAGGCCAGGACCCAUGCAAAGGACAAGUGCGUGGCCUGGCUGGACGUGUCGAACGCGUUCGGAGCCAUCCCUCACGCGGCCUUGGAGGCGGCUAUUGAGAGCAGCGGGGCGGGCGAAGACCUCCUCAACAUAGUGCGGGACGUAUACGCAGGAGCGUCAUCUUCGGUCAGCGUGGCCGGAGGUAUGACCGGCGAUAUCCCGGUGAGGUCCGGCAUUAAACAGGGGUGCCCAAUGAGCGGUUUAUUAUUCAUUAUGGCCAUCGACCCGGUCGUAGCCCGCUUGCAGGGCACUUCUGCCGAUCACCGGGUGUUAGCGUUCGCCGACGACCUCUGCCUGAUCGCCGACAGCCCGGGGGAGCUCCAANGUACAUAA